AUGGAUCCCAACAAGUUGAAUUCUCUGGUGCAGAAGCUUGUUGCAAACGGAAUGCGUCCUUUGCAGAAACAGAUAUCAGAGCUGCAGAAGGUGGUAUCCUCCUUGAGCCUUCGACAAGCCCUUGAAGGCCAAACCUCUUCUAUCCCAUCUGGGGAGGAGCGAGGAGAUCCUAAAGGAAACCUCAUUAAUCUCUGUGCCACGCUGUCUCCGAGGCUUAAGCCCAUAUUCCAUACGACUCAGGCCGGGCCUCUGCAUAAGCCUCAGUUUUCCUGCACCGUGAUCAUAGGACAACAUACCUUUUAUGGGCCUCAGCAGCCUAAGAAGAAAUUGGCAGAGAGUGAAGCAAGCAAGAUGGCGAAAGAGAUACUGUUGAAAGCUGACAGAACCAUCUUGGAAAUCGCGGAUUCUCAAGCUGAGACUUGUCCUGUCACCAACAACAGUGCUAAUGUCCUUCCGCACUUUAGCAACUGGCUCGAGAGCAAGCCUACUGAGCUGGGUGGCAGAAUCUCCAUCGACGUGUUCUGCAAUAGUUUCUCUGGGCUCAAACCUUCGGCGGAAGGUAUCACUUAUCAUUUCUCUUCUGGAAUGCGAGAAGCUGCUGAUCACGAGAUCUCGUUUUUCGCCGGGAAGUACAUGAAUCAGUGGAAGCACUCCAAGGUGGUAGUGCUUGUAAUCUCCAAGGACUUAGCUAUCAAGAACACGGUCAUGAUGUUGAAAAGAGAACAGAUACACUCUCUCUUGAAGUCACCAUGUCAGAUUUCAUCUCAGUAUGGAGUUGAGUCCAUUUUCCAAAGUUUGUGUGAUACAUUGGCAUCACAGGCACAGCAGAAGUACAAGAAUGAUUACUACGACCAUGAUGAUGAUUACUACAACGACGAUGACGACGACGAUGAUGAUGUUUACCACGACGAUGAUGAUGUUUACCACGACGAUGAUGAUGUUUACCACGACGAUGAUGAUGUUUACCACGACGAUGAUGAUGUUUACCACGACGAUGAUGAUGUUUACCACGACGACUACGACGACAGUCGUCGUGGCUGCGACGAUGAUGAUUACGACGACGACGACGACGACGACGACGAUUGGGACGAGGACUACGACGACAGUCGUCGUGGCUGCGACGAUGAUGAUUACGACGACGACGACGACGACGACGACGAUUGGGACGAGGACUACGACGACAGUCGUCGCGACGAUGAUGGUGAACCUAAAGAUCAAUGA